GAUGUCUGGAGGGGAGAGGAUCGGGGACCAUCACUAAGGUCGUUCAACGGAUACAGGAGGCGGACAUCAACUGGGUCCAGGAUGGGCAUCGUCACCAUCGUCGUCUUGACUUUAAUGCACUGGUCAUCUCUCCUCUCUUCACAGGAUCAAAGAAUUUCUACCUGCCAGGUGCGGGGCAGCUGUGACAAGAGGAACACAUCUGUUAUAGACUGUGUAUUUCCUGUCAGCAUUUCCCUCUUUCAUGCCAGCAUCAGUAAGGAGCCUGAAUUUUCUCCUGAAAUUAUAAUAACCUGCUCACCAUGUCAGACGGCAGAAAAAUUUGCAAAGCUAAUCACUCUCAAGUUCCCUGAGACUUUGACACAAGGUGAGAGGUGGACUUUCGAGGUGAAGAGGUCAGAGGACUCUGUAGGGUCCUACACGUGCUACGGCUUCCAUGGACCUGCAAGUCUUCAUACUACACAGUGCAACAUCACAAACACUUCCAGACAAUGUUCUCUUCCACUAGCAGAAGAGAAUAACACUCCAGACUCAUCCAGUAAAUUGCUGCCAUUAAUUUCUAUUGCCGUGGUCAUCGUGGUUGUCAUCCUUGUGCUGCUUGUGUUGUACAGACAAGGAGUUUUCAAACACAAGAGACAAUCAGUGGAGAUGUCUGGCGAUCAGAAUCAUCUCCCUUCGCCGACAGAAAGUUUGCCACUGAAAGGCCAAGAUUCAGAAGACCCUGACACCACGGGCGAUGGUUUGACUAAAAUAACAGGAACUACAGCUACAGUCGCUGUAAUGAAGAGUUAACGUGUAUGUGUGUGUGAGUGUGUGGUGUAUUGUGUGAUGUGUGUAUGAUUGUGUAUUGUAUGAUGUGUGUGUGUGUGUGUUUUAUGUAUUGGGUGUGUGUGUUUUCAAACUGCCAUCCCAUUCCAGUCAUGCAUGUGUCCUGCAUUUUCAAUGGUCUUUAUUUGCACUAUUGUGUGUACAUACAAUAUCCGCAUUUGACAGAUGAACAGCAAACAUCCGCAGGUCUCUUUAUGACAUAUUUUUUAGAUUUUAUUUCAUGUACCCUUAUUGUAGCCUGUACUUUGCAUUAAGAAUGUAUUAAAGCCGUCAGCGUCUCCAA